AUGGCGAAGAGAAGUAAAGGAACAGAUACAAGGAAAGGCCACGUGACUAAGGAACGGGUAGAAGUUAAGAAGGAGGAUAAAGUAGAGGACAAGGAGGAGGACAAGGAGGAGGAUAAAGAAGAGGACAAAGUAGAGGACAAGGAGGAGGACAAGGAGGAGGAUAUAGAAGAGGACAAAGAGGAGGACAAAGAGGAGGAUAAAGAGGAAGAUAAAGAAGAAUCAGAAGAUGUAGAAGAAGCGGACGAUGCUGAAAAUGACAAAGAACAAGAAGAAGAUACAAACACCAAGGAAAAGCCGGUUGAAGCCAAGGAAAAGCCGGUCGAAGACAAGUCUAAACUUCCUUCUGGAGCAUUAUUUAGUGCAAAUGACGUUGACGAGUUGAUGGAGGAGGAAGAUUCAGGAGAAAAGCGAUCUGCUGAGCCUUCUAGUGAAGAACCUUCAGCAAAAAAGGUGGAAAUCGAGACGUCAGAUAAUACAAGGACGUCCAGUGCUGCCGAAAUAGUUGCUUCACCCGCUUCUGCUGAAUCACCUUCUCCUGAAGAUCCAAAUUUGACUAAGAAAGAACCACCAAUUCACUCUUUGCCUGUAUUAACACGUGAAGACAAAACUCUGGAGGAGGUUCUCGAAAUGAUGGAUGAUGAAGACUUUACGCCAAUUAUUCCGGAUGCGGUGACAGACUAUUACUUGGCUAAAAAUGGAUUUGCUACAGAUAAUAGAAAGAUCAAGAGGCUUCUUGCUUUGGCCACACAGAAAUUCAUCAGCGAUAUUGCAACAAAUGCCUACGAAUACUCGCGUAUCCGGUCCAACAGCGCUGUUUACAACUCAUCCAAUCCUCAGGUGAGAGCAAGGGCCCUUAUGAUGGCCACGAUGAUGAACUCUCAGGAAAAAAAGCAGACCUCUGAGGAUACCGAUAGUGACGGUAAUGGAAACAACGAGAAUUCGCUGACUGGUGCCCUAGGGGGAGGACUUAACCAGAGCCAGAACCAGAAAGUGACGUUGACCAUCGAAGAUUUGAGUAGUGCGCUGGAUGAAUACGGGUUGAAGGUGAACCGUCCUCAAUUCUACAGAUGA